UAUAAAUUGACCUGGAGUGAAGCAGAGGUUUUCAAUAAAAAGCCUUCCCACACAGAAGCACAAUGAAGGGGGUACUUUCUCUCAACAUGGUAACUGCCUCAACCACGAUGGGCUCAGUGAAGUCAGCCGGACUUUCUCUUCUCCUGUUGUCUUUUCUUCUUUAUGUAGCUGAUUCAUACCCCAACACUGACUUGUCAAACAUGGGCUGUGAGGAGUGCACACUGAGAAAGAACAUUGUUUUCUCGAGGGAUCGUCCAGUCUACCAGUGCAUGGGCUGCUGCUUCUCCAGAGCGUACCCAACCCCUCUCAAGGCCAUGAAGACAAUGACGAUCCCAAAGAACAUCACCUCGGAGGCAACGUGCUGUGUCGCCAAGCACAGCUACGAGACAGAGGUGGCCGGCAUAAGGGUGAGAAACCAUACAGACUGCCACUGCAGCACUUGCUAUUUUCACAAGAUAUGACAAAAGGAAAGUGGAAAGUGGAGACCAUUCUGCAGCAGUCCGCUUUGCAACAAAUUGUGUUUCUUUUAAUAUGCACAAGCUCUUGUCUGUUUUACAGUGUAAGUUGUUGCUUUUCCAGAAAAUAUUUUUGUAGGAAUCCUGUGUUUGCGAUGUGUAAUGUGACAUCUACAUUUUGCAUUGAUAUAUGUAUAUUAUUUCCUGUAGAUUGAAAAGCAAUUAAAAUGUGCACCCAGA